AUGAAUGUGUUGACCUAUUCAGAGUUUUGUAACAUUGUGGGUGAGUCAAUUCUUGAAAAAUGUCGAACAGUCUCUUCCAUUUUAGAGUCAGAUGAUAACUUUUUUGCAAUUUACAAUUUAUGGCAAAGAUUUGAGGCUGCAUCGGAAAACAAUAAUAAUUAUAGAAUUAAUAAUGACGUGGACCGUGGCCCUUUCGACAAACCGACCAAAAUCGUAGAAGACAAUUAUGUGACUGAUAUUAUAGAAGAUGACGAAACCCCUAGGUCGAUUCUUGAUGAAUUUACAGGUGAGUUAAUAAAUAAAAACGAAGAAAGAGAAGAUGAAAAGAAAGAAGUGUAUAGCGAGCCGACACUUCAGAAUAAUUUAAUAGAACGUAGUCUCACUCCGCAGCCUAGCACGUCAAAACAAGUCACAUAUUCGACGGUUUCCAUAAUUUCUAAUGUAUCUCUAACUGAAUACUUGAAACAAAACUUACCAUUAUCACCUAAGCGACAAGGAAAGCGCCAAAUAGAAAGACUGCCAUUUGCUUUAACUUCAGACCAAUACGUGGAAAGAAUAAAAGCAAAACAGUUAAAAAAGAUUGAAGAAGCUGCAAAAGAGGAAAGAAAGAGACUAAGAGAAGAAAAGAAGAAGGAAAAAGAAAACAGUAUACCUAAGAACAAAAUCAAGAAAAAAAGUGAUGGAAAAAGCAAAACAAAGAUAAUUGAAGAAGAUAUAUGCAAAGAAAAUACUGAAAAUACAUAUGAGAAAAGCGCAUGGCAUGGAUUAGAACGAGACACUGUUUUACAAGCUGAAAGCGCAUUAUGGCUGGAGCUACGAAAACGUCUGUUAACAGCCUCAUCUUUUAGCAAGGGUUGCAAGAGGCGAUGUAAUAUCAGCUCUGCACCGCUUGUGAAGUCUCCUGUCUAUUCAUAUUCUUUGAACGAGCAUCCAUAG